GCCUCACCUCACAUGUCACAUGCCUAACUUCACCCACCGCUGCUCACUAUUCCCUCCUCCGCCAUUAUAAAUACUCAUCUUCUCCACCACCUUUUCUUACCAACAAACACCCUCCAUUCCUAUAACUUCAAACAACAUGAAGCUUCAAUCUGCAACAACAUCUCUAAUCCUCCUCCUCCUCGCUCUUCUCUUCAUCUCCUCCCUCGUCGAAUCCACCACCACCAUCACAACCUCUCCAACCGCCGCUCCUGUUCCCUCUCCAAAUGAUGAAAUUGAUGCAGGUGGAUCAUUUGGAUGCGAUAAGAAGUGCGAAUUGAGGUGUUCGAGAUCUGGAUGGAGAAAAAUGUGUCUGAAGCUGUGUGGGAUCUGUUGCGGGAAAUGCAAGGGAUGUGUUCCUUCGGGUCCGUAUGCAGAUAAGGCUCAGUGCCCUUGCUACCGUGAUAUGAAGAACCAAAAGGGUAGAGACAAGUGCCCUUGAAUUUUUUUUUUAUUUAUUAUUAUUAUAAUUUUCAUGUAAUGUUAGUAUUUAGUUAUUAAAUUUUACUAAAUUAUUAUGUUUCCCUAUUGGGUUAAUAAAGUUCAUCGGUUGUACUACAAAGAUAGUACUUUGUAGUUA